AGCCGGGAGAUGCGGCCGGCGCUGUGGCGGGCGGGCGGGGGAGGGGCGGCGCUGCCCCUCCCCCCCCCUCAGGUGCUGCUGCUGGGGCUCCUCCCCCUCCCCUUUCUGGGGGGGCUCGGGGCGGGGGUCCCGUUCCGGCCCGUGGUGAUCGUGCACGGCCUCUUCGACAGCCCCAGCGACUUCCGGCACCUGCGGCAGUUCAUCAACGAGAGCCACCCAGGGACAGAGGUGACCGUGCUGGAUCUGUUUGACCGCGGCGCGUCGCUGCGGCCACUGUGGCUGCAGGUGGCCGGGUUCCGGCAGGCGCUGGCGCCCAUCAUGGCCAACGCCGCGCACGGCGUGCACCUGCUGGGCUACAGCCAGG